UUCACAAUUAGAUUUUGAUAUCUGACUUGUGAACUUUCUCUGCAGUGUAAAUCAGAACAAUGAGACACACUUCGGUUCUGCUUCUUCUGCUUCUCCUGGUGACUGCCUUGGCUUAUGAAUACAAAAAUGUGGCUUUACGUGGCAAAGCAACUCAGUCUCAUCGGCUCCAAUCAGAGUUUAGUGUGGAUGCUUACAAUGCUAUUGAUGGAAACCGAAAUUCUGACCUGAGACGGGGAUCUUGCACCCACACUGGACCACAAGCACACCCCUGGUGGAGAGUGGACCUGCUGGAGUCCUACGUUGUCACUUCCAUCUCUGUAACCAACAGAGGAGACUGCUGCUCAGAAAACAUUAACGGAGCAGGGAUUCAUGUAGGAAACUCCCUACAAGACGAUGGUACAUCAAACCCAGUGGUUGCUGUAAUUUCUGGCAUCCCACCUGGAAGAACUUUGAGAAUAACUUUUACCAGUCCUGUGGAGGGCCGUUAUGUGAUUGUGUCACUGCCUGGUUUUAACAUGGUGCUUACUCUCUGUGAGGUGGAGAUCUAUGGUUAUCGUGCUCCAACUGGAGAGAAUAUAGCAAUUUAUGGAAAAGCUACUCAGUCGUCACUGUAUACUCAUGGUAUUGCCUACAACUCCAUUGAUGGGAAUCGUGCUGGUCACUGGGGCAAAGCUUCUUGCAGUCAUACAAUACGUGAAUUUAAUCCCUGGUGGCGACUGGACUUGGGAAAAACCCAUAAAGUGUUCUCUGUCAGUGUAACCAGCAGCGUGGAAGCCUACUUACGACUUCAAGGAGCUGAAAUUCGUAUUGGUGAUUCACUUAAUAACAACGGCAACAAUAAUCCCAGGUGUGCUGCGAUCGGAGUCAUCUCUCCAGGUUUUACUCAAAACCUUCAGUGCAACGGAAUGAAUGGUCAAUACAUUAACAUUGUCAUUCCUGGAAGAACUGAGAAUCUCAUCUUGUGUGAAGUUGAAGUCUACGCAUCAAGACUAGAUUAACUAAAUAGAUCUGCCACUCCUUUAAAUGUUAUUUUUGUAGAAAAACAUGUCUUCAUCUAAUUUAAUGACUAGAUCACAAUAUUCAGUGACAGCUGCAAAUUCUUUGACUAGAACCUGAUCCAAUCACUUUAUGUCGCUGUACUGCUGCUUUUAUGAAAAAUACUUAUUGAAAAUCCAAAAAGUAAAAAGCAGAAAACAAUAAUCUUGUUAAUUAGUUUACAAGCGUGUUUUGUGUAACCAAUUCAGUAAUUCUUUAUUUUUUAGACGUUGAUGCAGAUAUGAUGAGAAAGGACCAAUAAUCUGCCAGAGCAGCAGCAAUUUGGUUAGAUAAUGUAGCAUAUACAGUAUAUGUGGAUAUCUGGAUUUAAAUAUUGAUUAAUUAAAUUAAAUCCAUUUUGUAGCCUUUAUAUUUACUUUUUAUCUUGUGUUUAUAAUGUCAACAUUUAUAAUUGAUAGUAAUGGACUUUUGUUCCUUAGCAUAAAUAAAUUGUUAAAAUUUCUUGUGUGGAAAUGGCUAUUGAUGUGCAAAUCUAUGCUUAAAGUGCAGUGCCAAAUAAAGUGCUAGUUUUAAUAAAGUGCAAAAGAUGCUAUGCAAGUUACUAAAGUAAAAAAUGUAGUCCCAGUAAUGAAAACCUUAAAGGAGAAAAUGUGAACAGAUUUUGUGUUUUACAUAUUUCUAACAUGAAAACAACGUUAAGUGAAAUGUUUUUUUCAUAUUUUUUUGGGCCACAAACCAGAAAAGGGCUUUGAUUUCAUUUUCACGUGUUUUAUUAUAAAACAACAUAAAACACUUGUUUAUUUUUAAUCUGUGGUUUCUGGAGACAAAAAUCACAGGACCAGAAUAUGCAUUGACCUAUUUGAUGAGAACAGAAAAACAUGUUUCUGAAACUGAAUUGUCAAAUCUAAAAUAACACAUCAGUGCUUGAAAAAGUUACAUCUUUGUGAUGAUUAGCACUUUAACAUUCUUGACUCGUGAAAUAUGACCUCAAACAAAUGACCCUCAAACACUAGUUAUUUUCUUUUUCGUUUUUUGGCUGCAACAAUUCUGCAUUGCACAAUAAGAUAUGAUGAAUAGCUGAGAGGUACAUUUUCUCAAAAGAAAACAAAAUCAUAUUGAGGACUAUCUCAAGUUCUUUGACAUACAAAAGUUAUGUUUAGCUCAAAAAGGUACUCAAAAAUCUUCUAACAUGUCUAUGGGGAAAAUUUGAGACUGAAUACAAAGCAGUGGCUUUAAUUCAGCCAAAAUUAAAGUUUUAGGCUGAACAAAGCAUUGAAACAAGCUGUUUUUGGCUACAUUGGAUUUGGAAGACCUUUCCAUAUUGCUCCUUUCCUUUGCUGCUCUGCCAGUGUCAACCGUUUGAGGUCAUUUACAGGUCACCCAGCAUUUUGCUGACUCUACAAAAUGCUGUGUGUAACUCAUUUUUAUGAGCUACACACAUAAAAAUUCAACUAUAAGAAGUUUCUAAAGAAAUAACCUCUAGAAGAUCUAUAAGGACCUCUACAUUGUUUCUACAUGGUAUAUGACCAACCAAGCCUUAAGUUGGCUGUUUCUGUACAAAUGUACAAUUCUUCAAAUCCAAUUUUAUGCCCUGUUAAGUUGUGGCCAUGCAUAACCCCAUUCUAUUUUCAUAUUUUGCUAUAAAGUCAUGAAUCAGUGUUGAAUCACCAAAGCAUCAAUCAUCUGUUCCAGGAAAUAUAUGGCUGUUAUCACACUGCACUUUACUGUUCAUUUGGCAUUGCAAUUGUAGCACUAACUUUAUUGUAGUAUUUUAUUUCUACUUAAAGAUGUGACCAGGAAGUCUGAGAAUGUCAUUUCUCAAAGUAUACCAGUAAGUCACAUUUAGGACACAUAUAAAGAUAUACUUUAUCACAAUGUAUUUCUGGUAAUAGUCUUGAAAUACUACAUGAAAUACUGUAUAAAGCUGGUUCCUUUGUAUAUCAAGUAUUGCUGGAGUCUUCACUUCAUCAGAUCUUUAUGCCUCUAAAGUGUCCGUCUGUAUGUGUGUCCAGUUUUGAACAUGGUUUAACAGUUACUAUAAAUCUUGCCUUCAACUGGCAAUGCCUGACCUACUUCUUUGAAAGAAAUGAACUUUAUCCAAUUUUAACAAAUAAAAAAGUUAUAGGUGGUGUAUGAUUAAUCAAUGCUGUAUGUGUAACAUAAAGAUGUCUGUAUAAAUACCCUUCAUGAAAUCAGGUUCUCAUUUUCUUCUGAGAUUUUUGAAAGCCUGUGUACAU